AUGGCUUCUCCAGCAGAACGGGGAGAGGCCCAUGUGAGCUCAUUGCCUCAGCGGUCGUCCGAGUUCAACUGUUUGGAGAUACGCGGUACCUGGAAUGGCGACGAGCUUGAGCCAGUAGGCCUUAGAAUCUCCCUUGAGCUUCUCAGCACCAGAUCGGCAAACAUAUCUCUCAUCAAGACCUCCGUCCGCCUCCAGUCUAACGAAUGGGGCCAAGGAAACCAGUCGAGUGACAGUUCGCCUCAAAGCCCAUUGUUCGCUUUUUCCGCAUCAGAGUCUGAUGACGGUACCACCUUUUACAAUUCUCGCACUCCAGAGGGAGAUCUCUUUACCGCAGCACGAGAAUCACCCACCAGCUCUCAGGAUGCAACUGUGUCUUCUUCCCUUGAAAUUGUUGCAGACUGCGGCAACGACGAGGAAUUUGAGCACUCGUCGCACCUCUUCACCUCACAACCCUAUCUCUCUUCUGGCCUGCGCUUGAACGAUUGUGCCGAUUGGAACAAGAUGCAGAACCCAGGCCGGAAGAGGAGUGCAUCUGACGCAUCCCUUACUGAUUCUGGGUCUGAUUCGGAGCGGGCCAAGGUUUCUGGCAUGAAACCGUCCGCAGAGUGCAUCAUCAGCGACGUCGGCGAUGUUAAAUCAACCGCAGGGCCUCAUAAGCGAACUCAAAAUGCAAGCGAAGGGAAGGAAGGAACGCUCCAGUCUCCAAUUCAGUAUUCAGAGCGAAAUUCUCCCAGGAAACAUUCCAGAACACUUAGCAUGAUCCCAAAGCCCGUAACUCGGCUGGACAAGGAUGUGGAGAGAGGAACGGUCUCUAUUCCAGCGCCAAAUGCGUUGCAGGAUGCAUCAACCGCUGCGCGUAGUAAACAGCCUACUGAAGAGAAAUAUGCUCCCGCCCCAACCCAGGCAACCAUGACUGAAACAUUCCGCAGAAAGCGGGGAGACUCAGACAUCAUCGUCACGUCGAUUUCUGAGGCAUUUCCAGGCUCUUUUGAAGCGAAUGAACCGAUGGCCGCAGAAGUCGCUAAGUGCACAAGAUCUAACCCUGACAAUGACUUCCCUGGGUCAACCCUUGGCAUGCACGAUGUCCUAGAUGGUCUUCGUACUUAUUCAGAGCCCGAGGGUCUGAAAAUCACCAUUGACCAACAUGUUGAGCCUACAUUGAGCCAUAAACCUCAUCGAGACAUGACGGCACCUAAAACCCCAGCUCCAGAGCACGAUGAUGCGGACCAAGCUCUGGCGCAUGGUCCUAAAUAUCACCUAGCCUGUGACUUCGAAGACUACCAAUCGUCCAUGAGCGAGCCCAAGCUUGACAUUAAGGAUGGAAUGCUCUUCAUUCGAAACCCUAAAAAUGUGAGGCCAGCAAUAUACAAGUUCACCGUGACUAUCUCUGUCCUUCUUGAGAAAGACAAGUCGAAAGGAUGGAGGAAUCUGGUCAUUCCUGGUCUUCCUAGGAUGAGGGCUGGCGAGAGUGGAUUUUUCCUGUUUCAGAUCCCUGAGAACCAUGGCUUAGAGUUCCGCACUACCAAUUUGCAACGCUACAAGAUUGUGGAGAACUGCUUCUUCGCUGAAUUCGUCAACCACGGGGACCUUGUCGUUCCUUUACGGGUCUGCGACCAGAAAUUCUACGGCAUUGUCAAGGACUUCACCGUGGACCAGGAGAUUCGAGCCGACCACCAAGUCAUUGCCAGCGCCGAUCAUGAGGACAAUGGCAUUCAAGCAGAUGUGAUCAUAAAAUACAUUGCGAUGUGCUCAUUGAGGCUGCAUAAUCGCUGUUUCUGGGCGGAAAAGUGUUGCUUCUUCCUUCGUUUGGAUGGCGGCCCUGACGGUCGUUUCCAUUGCCGGCUUGAGCCUCAGGAGACGGGCCUGCAGAUGAUCAACUUGGAAAAUAAAGGAAUUCCAGUCGGAGUUUCUUAUCUCCAGGUCACUUGCUCUCCCAAAAACCUGGAUACGUUUGGUGUGACUUGGAAGGUCAAACUUCCUGGUCAACAAGCUAUAAACUGGCUACCACGGAUCUAUCCAGUCUCAUCAACCACUUGUGAGAGUAAUAGGAACAAUCUUCGCCAAAUAUUUACUGAGCUGGAAGCGGAAUAUCGCAAGGAAGCAGCACCUCAACUCGCAAAGCUAGUGGAGUUCGAUCGAGAAGAUGUCCGGGGGCAGCACAACGCAGACAAGUCGGAAGAUCGCGAAGAAGAUCUUAUUCAGUCAGGAAAGGAUUUCUUUGACGGACCAUUUCCGCCUGAGGCAAAAACCCAGACGUCGAUCGCGAACGUAGUGGUUGACUCCAUGGCAUAUUGCAUGCAAAGCUUAAUUAUAAGCCUUUGUAUCUCGAUGAUCUGGGUGAUCCUCACAUCUUAUCUUGAGAUCCCUCCUUGCCCUAGAGUGUCGAACUGUACUUUGAGCGAAACAUACACGAACUUGACUGUUGCAACUAGCGAGAUAAUCGGACUGGCUUUUCCAAGCGAUGAAGACCGGGAAUCUCAGCUUGAGCCAUUGGAUAAUGAGCUUGCGCCAGAGCGAGCCAUUGCGAGCCACACGCCAGAGAUCUUUCAACAGACUUAUAUGGCAGGCGUCGGUUUGAAUGGUCUGGAAUCUGGACACGCGGAUCACAAUGAGACAGGGGACAUUCGAGAGAAGGUUGGGGAAGACAAGGACACGCCAGCAGCGAAUGUCAAGUCUGGUAACAGCCGUUAUGAGGAUCAACCUCGUUUCUCCCUCAGGGAUAGGAUUGAUUACUGGCUUGGAUGGAUGGGGCCCGUUGCCGAUGAGCUCUAG